GCGUGUGCGGCCUCGGCGAGCGGAGAGGCCCCUGCGGCGCAGGCGGAGCCCGGCCAGAACCAGUAAUGAUGAAUGGUUCCAACGUUGCCAAUACGACGACGUCCAACGCUAAAUCCAAAGACGAGCAGGUAGUGAACGGGCACGAUGAGAAGGAGAACAACCCUUUCGCGGAGUACAUGUGGAUGGAGAACGAAGAGGAUUUCAAUAGACAGGUGGAGGAGGAGCUGCAGGAGCAGGACUUCCUUGACCGCUGUUUCCAGGAGAUGCUGGAUGAAGAGGACCAGGACUGGUUCAUUCCAUCACGCGACCUGCCCCAGGGCAUCGGGCAGCUGCAGCAGCAGCUGAAUGGCCUCUCGGUGGGCGACAGUUGCAGUUCAGAGGAUAUUUUGAGCAAAAGCAACUUGAACCCCGACGCCAAGGAGUUUGUUCCUGGAGUGAAGUACUGAACCUUCAGGCAAACAGACUGUGUCCCUGGCUUUUGGAGUGGGAGAGGGGGUGGGAAAGGAUCCGGGCGAGAGUCGAACUCGGCACUGUGAAUGGAGUCGCCGCGAUGCAGGGAAAUCUUGCUCUAUAAGCUUCUCGGGUACCUUUUUAUUUUUCCUUUAUAGCAUCUCUUGUUUGGGCAGGCGGCUUUCUGGGACUUGCAGCCCUGCGGGCUUACCUUGCGACUGCUACUCCAUCGACGGCCAAGUCCAGGUGUGUGCUUCGAACCGGCUAACAGAGGCCAUUUUUGAAAGCAGGUUCCCUGCUCUCCUUCCCAUCCGCAGCGGGCCAGGAAGUGCUGUGGGGAAGGGUGGGGCUUGGGGAAGGAUCCGGAUUGGGUGUGUUUCCUAUUUCCGUUCAGCAGGGAUUUUAGAAAAGCCGAAGCGUAACGAGGCUGCGACUCAAAAUCCUUCCAACCUGCUGGAAACACGACGAACGCCCUUCCUCUGCGUGCACCGACCACUAGAUUGGGUAAAACUCUGCAGAUUGAGAGGAGCCCGGCCUGCUUUUCUUGUUGGUGGAAGUUCUCAAGCCAAGGAGAUCAGAUCGGCAAGAGGCCAAGUGACCACCGGGGGAAUGGCUCCUUCUACAGAAUGUCCAUUCACCUUGGCUUUUGGUUUCUGGCUCUUGAGCUUAUCCAGCACUGCAGGCUGCCCCUCUGAAACCUCCGGCAUCUGCUGUUUACAAAUCACUAGGCAAAGUGACCCACCUUUUGGCUUAAACAAAAAACAAACCCAAAGGGAACUAAAAUGUUCCCAUUCCCUGGCAUGCUAUGGAGAGGUGUGUUCCAGCUCACACGGCAAACCCUCCUUGGAGAGGAGAACGAUCCAGUCACGUCUGGUGCGCUCCUUAUGGGCCCUAUCCUGCAAGGUGCUGUGCUCCCCUUGGAAGAAGGUACUCAGCAGCUUGUAAGAUCAGGCCCUGGCUAUUUGGAGUGUGGUCUGUCUGCUCCCUGGGCAUUCCCGAGUGUCUCAUGAGAAUGCUGCCAUGGGUUGAGAGAAGCAUUGGGGCUGCUGGUCAUCACCUUCCCCGGGCAGGGAGGGGCCUGGCUUGAUGUCCUGACUUCUGCCCCACAAUUUGCCUCUUGCUGUGUGAGAUGCUUUGUGGGUCUGUAGGCAAAUUUGGCUUCUGAUAACGAAUGCUUUGAGCUGAUGAGAAUUGUUGGCAAACAAACCAGAGCCCCCAGGAGACCUGUGGGAACCAGCUGGGAGCAGGAGACUCUGCCCAUGUUGUCAACCAGUGUUUUUGAAUGGUCCCAUGGUUUGGGAUUUAACCCUUAUGGGCUUGUCUCAGCAGUGGCACGGUCCCCAUAGAACUUAGGCCUCCAGGUAUUUAGAGAUUAAAAGCAUCUUGGGUUGCAGGAGUUGCUGUCACUUCUGAACCUCUGAGCCAUGGUUAGACACUGGUCUGGGAAACACAGGAAGGGAUUUCCAUCCUCAGCCUAGUCUGGGGGAGUGGGAAGAGCAAGUUCCCUGUGAGCUGUCAGAUGGACUUGCUGGGGCUGUACAGAAGGCUGGGGAACCUUCAGCGUAAAGGUGAGGGAGCGGCUUUUAGGAGGCAUUACCCACCACCUUGU